AUGACGCAAUCCCUGGGAAUCGAGCAGUAUAAAUUGUCGGUCGUGUCCGGUGGGAAACCCACUUUGAAUAGUUUUAGUUCGGUGACCGGUAAUAAGAACAUCGCCCGUUUAUCACACGAUCAACAGAACUACGUCAUCCCCUUCAAUAACCAGAUCAAAGUAUACUCUGUCGAGACCAGGCAAUGUGUUAAGACGCUGAAGUUUGCCAACAACCCCGUGCUGUCGGGAAUCUUCCUGCAGGAGCAAGACGAUAAUGAGUCCAUUGUGAAGAUUCUGCUGGGCGAUAUAACCGCUUCACAACAAGAGAAUGCUCAUCUGAUCACCGUAUUCACCAAGAAUGGUCAUGUGGUUGUUCUGAACUAUAAGGGGAAACUGAUCGAGUCUCCCAAGCACUUCAAGAUCUGCUUGGAAAAUGAAGAGCUUUCCAAUGUAUUCCAUAGCAAGGGUAACUACAGGAUUUUAACCACGUUCAAGGACCCCAAGCAACAGACGCACAAUUGCUUGCAGUCUGCUAGAUUGUACGGGCUAACAUUUGAUGAAACAAAGGCGCAAUUUGACUUGACUCACCAAACAGAAUGGAACAACAUCAUAUUGUCAAAUACUUCCUCCAAUGGCAAAUUGUUGGCAUACAUGUGCAAAGACGCCUCAACGAAAGACCAAGAACAAAAAUCUAUCUCAGUUGUUUCACUUUUCGACGACUCCGUAAACUUGAACUUUCCUCUCAGUUCCGUCCUUUCUUCACAAACUCAGUCUCUGUCCUCCAAUACAAGAUACGUUUCUAGCAUGGCUGUGGACAAUAUGGGCGAACAAUUGGCCAUUGGGUUCGCCUCAGGGGUUAUCAGUAUUGUAAACCUGGCUGAUUUGCAAAUUAGAUUGCUCAAAUGGCACAUCGACUCCGUUCUUUCGCUAGCAUUCUCCCACGAUGGGUCCUAUUUGUUAUCUGGUGGUUGGGAAAAAGUUAUGAGUUUAUGGCAAUUGGCUACAAACUCUCAACAAUUCUUACCCCGCUUGAACGGUAUUAUAAUCGACUGCCAAGUAUUGGGACCACAAGGUAACUUCUAUUCUUUAAUCUUACAAAUGACUGAGAACACCUCGAACGCAGAUUACCAAUUCUUACUCUUAAGCGCUUCUGAUUUAAAUUCUAAGUUAUCGAUUAAUGGUCCACUACCGGUGUUCAAUAGUACCAUAAAGCAUAUUCAGCAACCAAUCUCUGCUGUCAAUACUAAGAACUCUAAUUCAGUUACCUCUCUUAAUCACUCCAAGAAGAAACAGUUAAGAAAACUAAUUAAGUCGAAAAGACAAGAUUUCACCACACAUGUGGAAAUAAACCCAAUUAACAAGAAUUUAUACUUCCCACACAUCUCCGCUGUUCAGAUUUUUGACUUUUACAAAAAUGAGCAAAUUAAUUAUCAAUAUUUGACAUCAGGUGUCAAUAAUUCUAUGGGUAAAGUUAGGUUUGAAUUAAAUUUACAAGACCCAAUAAUAACUGAUUUGAAGUUUACCAGAGAUGGGCAGUGGAUGAUUACAUAUGAAAUUGAAUAUCCGCCAAACGAUCUUUUGUCUUCCAAGGAUUUAACCCAUAUCCUGAAGUUCUGGACUAAAAAUGACAAUGAAACAAACUGGAAUUUAAAGACAAAAGUGGUAAAUCCACAUGGGUUGAGUGUCCCUAUCACCAAAAUCAUGCCUUCUCCAAGAUCAAUCAAUAAUAGUCAAGGCUGUUUAACGGCAGAUAACAAUGGUGGGUUGAAGUAUUGGUCAUUCGACUCUCAUGAGAGUAAUUGGUGCCUGAAGAAAAUUUCAUUACCAAACUUCAAUCACUUCAGUAAUUCUGUUUCGUUGGCUUGGUCUCAAGAUGGCUCACUGAUAUUCCAUGGCUUCGACGACAAGUUGCAAAUUUUAGACUUCGAUACUUUUAAGAAAUUUGAAUCUCUAGAAAAUACAAAGACAGUCAGCGAAUUCACAUUAGACUCAGAAAUCCAGACAAUCAAAUUAAUAAAUGAUACAUUUCUAAUCGUUGCCACCAGAACUACAUUAAAUGCUAUUAACUUAUUGCAAGGUCGGAUCAUAAGUAGCUUUGAUCUAUACCCAUUUGUUAACGGUGUUUAUAAAAACGGUCACCUAGAUAGACUAAUCACUUGUGAUGAAAAAACGGGCAACAUUGCAUUAGUAAUAAACCAACAAUUAACUGAUUCCGAAGGUGCGCCAACCACAGAUUACAAAUCUCGUAUUAUUAUAUUUGAUUCUAACCUGUCUACUAAAUUGGGUAACUUUACACAUCAUGAAUAUGUAUCUUGGAUCGGUUGGAAUUAUGAUACUGAUUUCAUAUUUUUGGACAUAGAAUCUACAUUAGGUGUUGUCGGAACCACUGUGAAUACUCAGCUAUCAGAUGAAGUCAAUAAUGAAGGUAUAUUGGAUGGUCUGGUAAACACCACUACCGUGACAUCAACAUCCAACAAUGAUGUUUUUGCAGAGCAAUUAAGUCAACUUUCAUCCAGAUGCAGGAAAAGCGACACCAAUGAUAAAAAUGCCAAUGGUAACGACGAAGAUGAAGAAGACAUCACUUUGGAUUUCAUAAACGGCGAAAAGAAAGAUAAGCUGAUUAAUAUGAAUAGUUUUACAAGCAUGUUUGACAAUAUUCAAAACGUGCAAAUGGAUACAUUUUUUGAUCGUGUAAUGAAAGUAAUCACAUAG